UGAUUGGCAAGCGGGUCACUCUGCCAUAGGUCAGAGUUUCUCACUGCUGGCAGGCACACUGCUUCGACAGCUUGCCCGGUAUGGAACAGCCAUGGUCGCAGGACGAAACCAAGCCCUGGGCCAGCGAGGGCCAGGGCGUGGGGGUGCUCGUGGAGUGGCAGAACAAGGGCUUCCACUCCUUCGGGUGGCUCUCGCCCAUCCAUUUGCCCCGUGACAGGGACCUGAGGCAAAGUCUUCAUGGCGGGGACCUCUACGUGCACUGCAAUGACAUUCAGGAGCCCCGGCUGGGCGCAGUGUACACCUUUACGCUCUACAACGACUAUCAAGGGCUUGGCGCGCAGGACUGCAGAGCGAGGUCGGUGAUCAGGUUUGCGGUGCCGGAGCAGAGCAUGACCUGUUUGAAGCUGCCUGCUGAGGUGAAGACCGUCCCGAACCACCUGCGGCACUCGCUCUUCUAUCCUGAGCUGGAGGAGAGAGGCGUCACCUUGCGGAGGUAUCUCUGGGAUGAUCCGGUGAAGAUCUUGGAGCUGUGGGGCAGCCCCGAGGCCAUGAUUGCGGCCGCGGAGGAGCUGGGGCUGCUGCAGCUGGACGAGCUUCAGGUGCUACUCUCUCCGCAGAUUGCCCGCAGGCAGCCCAAAGAGUCGCUGCGGCAGCUGAGUGAAGAGGAUGCACCCCGGGUGCCCGCAAAGUGCCGAUGGGCCACUUCUUUGGAAGGUGGCCCAACGCUACGGCAGAGGCUAGUUGAGCUCCUGGAUCUUCUGUGACGGUCUUUCGGUGCCUUUCGUGC